CCAUGAACAGUGCGACAGCUGCCCUCCUUGUGUGGAUUUUGUCUUCUCCCAGCAGCAGUGGCCAUGACAAAGGGAAAGGUUGGCCCACACACAUGGCCUGCAGUGGUGGAGGCUUGGAAGUCUUCUACCAGAGUUGUGAUCCCUUACAGGACUUCGGCCUUUCCAUUGACCAGUGUUCCAAACACAUCCAACAGAAUCUCAACAUUAGAUUUGGCAUCAUUCUGAGAGAGGACAUCAGAAAGCUAUUUCUGGACAUAGCUCUUGUCGCAAAAGGCUCUUCUGUUGUGAACUUCUCCUAUCCCAUCUGUGAGGAGGACCAGCCCAAGUUCUCUUUCUGUGGAAAAAGAAAAGGAGAUUUGGAAAACAUCCCAUUAAGUGCUUUCUGUACAAUGCCUUCUACCUGCACUGCUAUUGUGAAGACAAGGCCAAAAGCUACCUUCCAGGCAGCACAUUGAAGAGCAUUAAUCUUGGCUGACAACCUGACAACCUCUAUAAAGCAUGCUGGAGACACAGCGCAUCCGCAAGCCUUGCUAUUCACUUGUUUAACAAAUGCAAGCCCAGGGAAUCUGGUCACUGAUUUCUGCCAUAGCAGAAGGAGAUUAAGCAGCUCUAUUUGAAGCCUCAAUUAUGAAAUAUGUCACCCCUUUUCUACCUGACCACUCACCUGGCCUCUGGGGCCAUUUGAGACCACCCGCUUCUGUAAGCCCUGUUGCUGCAGGCUUUAUGCUCUGAUGGUUCCCCACCCCACACUUUGUUCUCAACCUCUCAUGAUGCCAGCUUCUCGCCCUGGCCUUUAUCAACCCUCUCAAUAGCCUGAGUGACAAGAUGUCUUCACUCUUCUUCCCAUGGAUGAACCUACCUGGAAAACUGUACAGUCUCUCCUGCCAUCCUCACUCCCAGUGUCAUUUCGUAACUGCGGACAGCAUGUCACCAAAAGCAAUAUUAUUCUGGGACAAUGUCCUGCUCCGGUGCCUCAGCCCUCUGCCUGCCUACUGAAAGAUAGAAUGGGGCUCAGCUCAGCCCAGCAGCUCUCACAACUCAUCAGCUUUGCUUGGAGGCUGUGCUUAACUGCAGAUGGAUGGACCAUCCUGGCAU